AUGCCGCACCUCCGCGCUCUCUCGCGCUCUCUCCGCGCUGUCUCGGUCCGCGGCUGCACCUCCAGCACCGAGCCAGCACCAGCCAAGCUGGACGACCGAUCGCUGAUCCCACCCUUUCGGUUCGGGCACUUGGCCUCUUCAGCCCUACCACAGCAUGUAACCUCCUCCGAGCCUACAGCCGCGAGCUCCUCCUCUCCCUGCCCCUCCCCCUCCUCCUCGACCAACUCGUCCUCCUUUCCCCUCUACAGAGGUUCACUACCCCGGUCGCACAACCUCCCUUUCCUCGAUACGCUCCACCUCCGCACCAUCAUCUCCCUCACGCCGAAACCCAUCUCGACCUACGAAGAGAAUGGCGAGCUGGUAGGACCGAGUCGGGCCGCGACGAAGCCGACCGAGCCAGGACCGGCCAAAGCAAGCCCGUCUUUGACGACCUGGGCUCGGCAAAGCGGGGUCAAGUUGGUGCAUGUCAAAGUGGGGAAAGCCAAGGAUGGUGCGAUCCCCGUUACGGCUGCGACGGUCAAACUCGUACUCGAGGUCAGUCCCGGUCGUCGUUCUAAACCCCCCCGAGCUUUGUCCCCCUCGGCUGAUCCUGAUGGCCGCACGAACGCAGCUCUUGAUCAAUCGGACUGGAUACCCUAUCUACCUUCAUGAUCUGGACGGAUCGGACGUGGUGGCCAUGAUGGGUGCGGCGCUGAGAAAGUUACAAGGAUGGUCCGAGGGCGCUUGGUCCGAAGAAAUGUCCAGGUUCGUGCAGGGCAAAGUCAAACCUUGCCUUCCAGUCGCUCAUCACCCGCUCGGGACCGCAGAUACCUGCGACAACCUCCGCCCGAACCCGAACAUCUCGUCUUCCUACGUCGGCUCUUACCCCCGACCACCAACACCUCCAACAACACCGCCUCGUCGACCGUGCCUCCUUCCUCAUCCUGCAACGCAACCCCUACCAAACCCCUCCCCUCCUCCUCCACCCUCCCAGACGGUAUCUUUGUCCCCAAAGCUUCGUCCCGUGUGCCUUGGUUAUGGCCCCAUGGCUUUCCGGGAAAGAAGGGCGUGCAUGCGAGUAUGAAGGUCAUAGUCGAACAUGAUCCCACUGCAGCAACCGCGCACGCACAUGGGGCGGAGGAAGGAGGGGAAGGGAAGAGAGUUUUCGAGAAGGCACGGGCGGGGAAGGAGUUGGAGGGUGGGGGUGGGGGUGGGGCUGGGAAUGGGAAUGGGAAUGGGAAUGGGAUUGGAACUGGUGUGGGGGCCGCGGAAGGGGCUGGGAAGAGUAGGUGUGUUGUUGCUGGUGGAGUGGGGGAAGAAAGGGCCGUUCAUGGAUCGAGGAGUCGCAGUGGGGAGACCGGCGAGGGCACUGGCACGGGCGGCAGACAGAGGGAGGCCUCGGGGAACGGUUCGAUAGUGGGUGGAUUGGAGAAUGCCGAAGGAGAACAGAGUGCGUUCCCAGUCGAGCAAGAAGAGGAACGUGGAGAAGAAGGGGACGACUUCGAUGAGGAUGAAGAAGACGAGGAAGAAGAUGACGACGAUGAGGAUUUACAGGUCUCGAAAACCAUCGAGGCGUUAGAUUUGGGGCUUUAA